AUGCUCGGUCGAGACGGCGUGCCAAAGACCACGACUGAUCCGGCGGCCGCAGGAGUCCUUGGGGGAACGGGCGAGACCCCCGGCGACGACGACGAGCUCGAGCCCCUGACAAAGUACGUCGACUGGACGGAACACAUCUCCAUCUCCAUCGGCCCGUUUGUCAUUCUCUUCUUCGAUCUCGCGCUGCCAUGCGGACUUCCUCCUGUCCAGACGGUCGAGAGUAGAAUUCUCGGGCUUGCCAUUAUUUCUUUCGGUUUCGGCGAAGUGUACAUCCUCAUCGUGCGAGUAUAUCGACUCUUCACCCGCCACGACGAGUGCGCGCCGCUGCUGUCCAAGUCCCGGUGGGAGCUGGAUGCCACGACCUGGGUAUACACACUUGGUCUGAUUGCCGCUUUGGUCCCCUUUGUCUGCUCGACCACCGUCUACGAGCCAGACGUCGUCGAGUGGCUGUACCUGUACUCUCCCGCCUUCAUGUUCAUGGUCCUGGACGUCAUCGCCUUCGCGACGUUGAUCCCGAUCAAGAUCCCGUUCCGCAUCAACUCAGACCCCAAAGGCACGCGUCUGAAGCCCAUCGUCUACUACGCCGCCGAGGACUUCUUCGCCGUCGAUGGAGCGCAGAACAGGGAAUUCCGCAAAAAGUACGUUGAGCGGUACGACAAGUCGAUGAUGUUCCGCAAGAUGAUUCUUGAGUUGACGCUCUUCUGGAUCGGCGGCUGCACGGCGUACAUUGGCUACGUGGCCGGCAUCAUUUGGAAUCUGGAGUUUGAACGCGCUUUUGGCACAACGUUGGGCGUCUUGUUUGGGUGGAUUAUAAUCUGGGGUGUCACGGCGAGAUUUUGGAUCGAGUACGCGAUCAAGCGCGAGCAAAAGUGGUGGAAAGAGAACAAGGCCGAAAGAAACGCGGCCAAGCUUCAAUGAGCCUAGUGUUUAAUCACAGUUGAGCCCUCCCUUGAGUGAGAGAGAGAGACACACACAGAGAAAGAGUCAGAAAGAGAGAUCGACGAAGAGAGAGGCCGUCACUAAGGGUGGAGGGAGUGGCUCAUUACUGUAACCUAGUGUUAAUAAUGGCACUGCCAAGAUCAUGUACUUAUGGAGGACGCAUGGGUUCUGACUGACAAGACAAAGGCAUGAGAGCCUGGAUACCCAGG